CCGUUUCCGGUCCCCCGGCGGAGCCAUGUCCGCGGCGGAGGAGCGGGACGUUUUUCGCAGGGCUCAGGGCAGGACGCUCCAUGCCUUUGCCGCAGAAAAUGAACGCCACUGGGAAGCCCCCUUCUACUUCAUCCAAGGAGCAGAUCCGCAGUUCGGCCUGAUGAAAGCCUGGGCGGAUGGCGACUGUAGCAGCGGGGGAGAUGAAUGGGAGCAAGAGAUCAGAUUAACUGAGCAAGCAGUGCAAGCUAUUAACAGGCUCGACCCCAAACCGAAGUUCUUCGUGCUGUGCGGUGACCUCAUCCACGGAAUGCCUGGAACUCCAUGGCGGGAGGAGCAAAUAAAAGACCUGAAGAGAGUCCUUAAAAACAUCGACCGAGACAUCCCCCUGGUAUUCGUCAGCGGCAAUCACGACGUCGGGAACACCCCCACCUCUGAAACCAUAGAUGAUUAUUGCCAGAUGUGGGGAGACGACUAUUUCAGCUUCUGGGUCGGCGGCGUUCUUUUUCUUGUCCUGAACUCCCAGCUAUACUUUGAUUCUUCCAAAUGCCCCGACUUGAAACGGGCCCAGGACCAGUGGCUGAACACGCAGCUAGCGCUGGCCGAACAACGGAAAUGCAGGCACGCGAUCGUGUUUCAGCACAUCCCUCUUUUCCUUCAGAGCCUCGACGAAGACGACAGCUACUUUAACAUAACGAAGCCACUUCGCCAAGAGAUGAUGGACAAAUUUGUGAAAGCAGGUAUAAAAGCUGUGUUUUCUGGCCAUUACCACCGAAAUGCUGGGGCCCGCUGCAAGGAUCUGGAUAUGGUUGUGUCUUCGGCGAUUGGAUGCCAGCUGGGCAAAGAUGCCCACGGGCUCCGAGUGGUGGUGGUUACAGCUGAAAAAAUCGUUCACAGAUACUACAGUUUAAAUGAAUUGAGCGACAAAGGAGUCGAAAAAGAUCUGAUGGAUCUGAUGAUGCCAAAAUAAUCAUUUUUCUUUAGAGCGACGCUUCCUCCUUUUUAGAUGCCACUAUUUUAUUUCUCUCUGAACCAAGGUAUGAUAAUCUCUCAAUGGAAAAAAAAUUAAUUGGUGACUUUGCAUCAUUGUGCAUAAAGUAGUUACCUUUUUUUAUUCAUUAAUGCUGUCUGUCCUAAAAGAUAAUUCACCAGAGAUUUAACUUGAAAGAUAAUAAAGCAUUUAUUAUUAUUAUUUGCAAAUAAAGCAUUUGCAAAGCGCCUGCUAAUGCUAACAAUUAUUAUGGUAUUUUUUAAGCACCUACUAAGUGCCGAGUACUACUGGGGUAGAGAAAAUACAGUGAGGUCAGAUACAGUCCCUACCCUUCCUGGGGCUUGCGGUCUGAGGCGGGAGAAAGUACAGGUAUAUGAUCUCCGUCGACCAGAUGAGGAAAUUGAGCCAUGGAGAAGUUAAUAAUAAUGUUGGUAUUUGUUAAGUGCUUACUAUGUGCAGAGCACUGUUCUAAGCGCUGGGGGAGAUACAGGGUAAUCAGGUUGUCCCACGUGAGGCUCACAGUCUUCAUCCCCAUUUUACAGAUGAGGGAACUGAGGCAUAGAGAAUUGAAGUGACCUGCCCACAGUCACACAACUGACAAGUGGAAGAGCGGGGAUUCGAACCCCUGACCUCUGACUUCCAAGUUAAGUGACUUGCCCAAGGUCACACAGCAGGCAAGUGGUGGCGUGAGGUUAGAACCCAGGUGUCCUGACAUCCAGUCCUGUGCUCUUCUCACUAGGCCUUGCUGCUUCUCGAGAUGAGAAUGGGAACAAUUGGCAAAGGCAUAGUAAGAUAGAAGGAAUCUGAAUCAAACCACUUCUUGACCGAUCCUUCAGACAACAUUACUGAGAAUCAAAGUUCAGGUUCUGUUAUCCAAGUUGAUCUCUGCAGCCUCCAACCCCAAUUAAACUCAAUCCCAAUUAGGUUUCUCACCUUAAGGUUCCCAUUUACGCCUCAGACUGCACCUGGCACCCUAAAUUGCCGCUGUGAACCCCAGGAGCUGUCCCAGACUUGGAAGAAAACUCAGAUAACCUGUGAUAACAUUGCUCUCUUUUCUGGUGAAAACAAUUGUCUUUCUCCUGUUACCGGAAACAUGUCCAUUUAUUAAAAUAAAGAGCUACAAAUCCAACCUUCA